UGUCGAAUUCAUCAUGUCGUGUGUGUGAUGAAUGUGUGAUUGUGAAAUGAAAAUUAAAAUGUGUGGUUUUGAAAAUGAAUAAAAUAGGCACAUCAUCAUAAGUCGCAAACAUAAAUACCUACGAUCACUUAUUUAAUGUGUCAUUUAUCACACAGUACAUGAUGGUUACAAGGAAACCUGUAUCCUGGUUUUUAACAGAAACUGGAAGAAAAUUUUCAUUUGCUGUUGUUACCGGCAGUGGUAUGGCAUUCACAGCUGCAAAAUUCUUUCCUCAUACAAUUCUACUUGACAAAUAUAAAGAAUAUGUUCAUUACUACAGUAAUGGUAAACCGGUUGAUUUAACGAAAGAUCUUCAGGAGCGCUAUGAAAAAUGUCUUGCCUUAUUAAAUGUAUCUGAUGUCCACAAAAAGCUAAUUUCACCAUUCAGUGUUUUUGGAUAUGAUUUGUUCCAUGCAGGAAGUACCAGUUCCAAAUUUGGAGUGGCAGUGGGUAUACCUGUAAAUUUCACAUACAAAUCUGUUAGUGAUUUAGAGAAUCAUGAUAUAAGGGUAAAUCAAGAAAAGAUUGACUGGACUUCGGAAUAUGGACAAAAAUUAGCUGAUGCCAUUAUUCUGUCUGAAAAUGUACAAAACUUUGCUAUAUGCCGAGAAAUACUUAUGACCCAAAAUAACAAAGUGUUCUAUGAAUCAGCUUAUCCAUUCAUGUGUGUAUUUGUUAUGUAUAAUUUGACACAAUAUCUCAAUAAUCGACUAAACUUGUAUGCUGCCCCAAAACUUGUAAGAGGCACACUAUAUGGCAUUAUAGGAUUGUUUGGCUUGGGGACAUAUUUUCUCUUGAAGGACAUGACAGAAGUUCACUAUGAGACUAAAGUUGACAAGCAGUUAUGUGAACUAGGACCGGAAUUCAUUGAGAGUGGAGUGAUAUUUUAUGAAAAAUUACUACAGAGGAAUCAGGCGCUGAGAGAAUUGAUGGGCAGUGAAGGACAACGAAAAUAUAGCAAAUUGGGCAAUGAAAAUUUCUUUUUGCGCCAACCUCGUAUAGCUUUAGUACACAGAAAAGCAUUUUUUGAGGAAAAGUUAAAAGAAUGUAGAAAUGAAGAGGGAGAUGAAGACAAUUGACUUGUUGAAGGAAAAACAUAGGUAUAGAAAUGUUUGAUAGUCAUGGUAUUUAUAUAAAUAAAAGAUUACAAAUAUUGUUUAUCUGUUA